GAAAGUCAGAACCCCCGGUGCACCUGAUCAGCCUGCGUGGUUGGAUUGUUGGCUCGGUGGCUGCAGGAGGGGGGCAGUUGGGACUGGUUCUGGGCAGAAAGUAAUUACGGGAAUUCCUGACAUUCCUCUGCGCUGGGGGUUGAUAUAUUAUAAUGAUUAACAAGGUGUGGGACAGCCAAUUCUGGCAGUUGGACAUGCAGCUGGUUGGGAAACUGACACUUUCUGCCACUGCCGCCUUCAUUUUGGCUUUGGCCUUCAGAUUUUACAAGUCCAGGGUCCAUGAGAGACGUGGGGUGGACAAUGGCAGUGGCCGCAGUGGGAACCUGGACGUUGGAGAAGCAGCAGGGGGUCACGUAAAUGAUGAAACCAAUGAACUUCGCUGCAGACGUAGAAAGAGAACCCAACACAGUGACGUUAUCUCAGCUGCCGGGAGUCAGAGCCUCGCCGGGGAUCCUGUCACUGCACAAGAAUUCAAUUCUAAAUCUCAAGGAGGUGCAAUAUCUGAAUACCAAUCAGCAGAUGGAAUCAGCACCCACCAAAGCGGCUUAAACAACGAGACUCCAGAAACAAGAGCCGUCGCUUCUACUGACCCGAAAUAUCACCAGAAAAGUCUCGGCAAUGGAAAUGGAGUUGGGACAAUCGGGGAUAAUUCUGAUUCUGGGACUGUACAAUCAUUAAAAAAUACUCACAAAGAUAUAAUUGGGAUAAUAGUUGGAAUAAUCAAGGACAAUCCAGAGUCCGGGACAGUACAACCACCGAAAGAUUCUGGAAAAUAUGUUUCUGAACCAAAUGGAAUUGGGACAAUCGGUGACAAUUUGGAUUCCGGGACAGUACAACCAUUAAAAGAUUCUGGCAAAGAUAUUUCUGAACCAAAUGGAAUUGGGACAAUCAGGGACAAUUUGGAUUCUGGGACAUUACAACCAAUAAAAGAUAUUUCUGAACCAUAUGGAAUUGGGACAAUCAGGGACAAUUUGGAUUUUGGGACAAUACAACCACCGGAAGAUUCUGGAAAAGAUAUUUCUGAUCCAAAUGGAAUUGGGACAAUCGGUGACAAUUUGGAUUCAGGGACAGUACAACCAUUAAAAGAUUCUGGAAAAGAUAUUUCUGAUCCAAAUGGAAUUGGGACAAUCACUGACAAUUUGGAUUCUGGGACAGUACAACCAUUAAAAGAUUCUGGAAAAGAUAUUUCUGAUCCAAAUGGAAUUGGGACAAUCAGUGACAAUUUGGAUUCUGGGACAGUACAAACAUUAAAAGAUUCUGGAAAAGAUAUUUCUGAUCCAAAUGGAAUUGGGACAAUCACUGACAAUUUGGAUUCUGGGACAGUACAACUAUUAAAAAAUUCUGGAAAAGAUAUUUCUGAUCCAAAUGGAAUUGGGACAAUCGGUGACAAUUUGGAUUCAGGGACAGUACAACUAUUAAAAGAUUCUGGAAAAGAUAUUUCUGAUCUUAAUGGAAUUGGGACAAUCGGUGACAAUUUGGAUUCUGGGACAGUACAACCAUUAAAAGAUUCUGGAAAAGAUAUUUCUGAUCCAAAUGGAAUUGGGACAAUCAGUGACAAUUUGGAUUCUGGGACAGUACAAACAUUAAAAGAUUCUGGAAAAGAUAUUUCUGAUCCAAAUGGAAUUGGGACAAUCACUGACAAUUUGGAUUCUGGGACAGUACAACUAUUAAAAAAUUCUGGAAAAGAUAUUUCUGAUCCAAAUGGAAUUGGGACAAUCGGUGACAAUUUGGAUUCAGGGACAGUACAACUAUUAAAAGAUUCUGGAAAAGAUAUUUCUGAUCUUAAUGGAAUUGGGACAAUCACUGACAAUUUGGAUUCUGGGACAGUACAACCAUUAAAAGAUUCUGGAAAAGAUAUUUCUGAAACAAAUGGAAUUGGAACAAUCACUGACAAUUUGGAUUCUGGGACAGUACAACCAUUAAAAGAUUCUGGAAAAGAUAUUUCUGAUCUUAAUGGAAUUGGGACAAUCACUGACAAUUUGGAUUCUGGGACAGUACAAACAUUAAAAGAUUCUGGAAAAGAUAUUUCUGAUCCAAAUGGAAUUGGGACAAUCACUGACAAUUUGGAUUCUGGGACAGUACAACCAUUAAAAGAUUCUGGAAAAGAUAUUUCUGAUCCAAAUGGAAUUGGCACAAUCAGGGACAAUUUGGAUUCUGGGACAGUACAACCACUAAAAGAUUUUGGCAAAGAUAUUUCUGGUAAAAAAGUAAUUGGGACAACCAGUGACAAUUUUGAUUCUGGGACGUUACAACCAAUAAAAGAUAUUUCUGAUCCAAAUGGAAUUGGGACAAUCGGGAACAAUGGUAAUUCUGGGAAUAUACAACCACUAAGAGAGUCUGAUAAAGAAGGAAUUGGGACAAUCAGGGACAAUUCAGAUUGUGAAAAUAUUGAUCUAAAUGAUUCUGGAAAAGAUAUCAGUGAUGGCAAAGGAAUUGGGACAACUUGGGUCAAUGCCCAUUUAGAGACUGUACAACCACUAGAAGGUUUUGCCAGAGUGAAGGGAAUUGGGGCAACCUGGAACUAUGCCAAUUCUGGGAAGAUACAACCACUAAAGGAAUCUGGUAAGGAUAUAUGUGAUGAAAAAGACAUUGGGGCAGAUUCUGGUAAUAUACAAAUCCCAGGUGACUGUGGCAAAGAUAUCUGUGAUGAAAAAGGAAAUGGAACAAUUGGGGUUAAUGUUGAUUUUGGGGAUAUACAACCACUAAAGGAUUCUGGAAGAGAUAGUUGUGAUGGAAAUGAAAUUGGGACAAUCUGGGGCAUUUCCAAUGCUAAGAACAUACUCGUCACAAAUGAUCCUGGCAAAGAUAUCUGUGAUGAAAAAGCAGACGAGACAAUUGUGCACAACACAAAUUCUGGGAAUAAACAACAUCUAAAAGAUUCUGCUUAUGAAACUGUAUAUGGUACAACCUGGGACAAUCACAGACAAGAUCCAGAAGUAAAGGAGACAGGGAAUGUAAAUUCUGGUUGUGUGAUAAGGGAAAGUUCUGAUAUCAGUUCAGCACUGAAUGAGAACCAUAAAACCAUGCAGGAAGUCCAUCGCUUCUCCUCUGUGUCUCGGGUGGUGGUGGAGGAGAAUAUCAUCAGCGAGAGGAAAGAGGAGGAGUCAAGAACAUCUCCCAGAAGUGCCGGCCUGAGGGGGAAGAUCUAUGAGUAUCACAUAGAAAGCACUUCAGAGACUGUUUCGCCAGACAAAUAUUUCAAAUUCCGCACUUCAACUUCUCCCUCCAGCCGCCCUCCAGCAGAGUCACAACAAGAUAAACAAGAAGUCAAAGUGGGUCUCUGGGAACAAGGCCAAGACCACCAUGAUGCAGUUUUGGGGCCCAUUGGCAGUCAAGAAGCUCUGGAAGCAAAAGGUUACUCUACUCCAUCUGGUUUAAUGUCCCCUCUACGCUCUCUUGCACUAAAACCAGCCAAUGGCAGUUCUCCUUUUCAUGUUUCCCUCAGCCCAGACUCCACUUUUGAUAUCCAUCUUGGUCUGGAGAACUGUUUUGAGGUCCUUAGCUUGGCCAAGAAGCACAACCUUGAUGCCCUUAAGACAGCGGCCUACAAGGUCAUGAGCGACAACUAUCUGGAUGUUCUUCAGAACCCUUCCGUCUAUAGGCACCUCCAUGCUGCUGAGAGGGAUCUGAUCCUUGAGAGGAGGAUGAGGGGAAGGAGGUAUAUAGUUGUGGCUGAUAUUGACACAAUGGGGCACUCGGUUUCGGAAAACAGCAGCCUCAGCUAUUAUGACAGUGAUCAGGACUCUUGGCACCUACUGUCUUCAAUGCCACCCGAGGCAGUUAGCAGGGCUUGCUCAAUGGCAACCAUGUUUAAUUAUGUCUUUAUUGUGCUGGGGUGCCAAGGACUUGAGAGAGACAUGAAACCUUCCAAACGUGUUGUCUGCUACAACCCAGUCACUGACAAAUGGCAGGACAUCUGUCCCUUAAAUGAAGCCAGACCUCACUGUAAGCUGGUGGAGCUUGAUGGAUAUCUAUACGCAAUUGGUGGAGAAUGUCUUCAUACUGUAGAGCGCUACGACCCAUGGCAGAACCGCUGGAGUUACGUUGCUCCUCUUCCCAAUGACACCUUUGCAGUUGCCCAUAUGGCUACUGCUUAUGAUGAUGAGAUCUAUGUGACUGGUGGCACCAUCCGGUACAUGCUUCUAAGGUACCUGCGCAAGGACAACACUUGGAAAAGCAGCAUCAUCACUGGCAGCAAGGACCGCACCACCGAUUUAGUGGCGGCCAAUAAUUUCCUUUAUCGAUUCGAUAUGAACCGGAGUAUGGGCAUCAGUGUGCACCGCUGUAGUGUCCGUGCCCGAAUUUGGUAUGAAUGUGCCACCUAUACCAUGCCGCACCCCCUGCCUUUCCAGUGUGCCGUGAUCGACAAUAACAUUUACUGCAUCAGUAGGAACUUUCACUUGAGGUUCCUCACCAAUGACAUUUCCCCACGGUUUAUGGAGGACAAUCUCAAGACCCUGCCUUGCCCGAAGGGGCUUCUAUCGCCUCUUGUGCUUGUUCUGCCUGGGCUGGACUCUCAAUAAGAAGAGACAUGGUGGGUAACCAGAUGUUGCAGACUUGGGUCAUGGGCAUGUCUAACAUUCAGCGGUGUCAAAAGGCCCUCUGGUUGCUACAGUCAGGGACCAUAGCAACAAUCUGACUGGUUAUAUUAUUAUUUUUAUUUAUUGCACUAUUUCUGCCCUGUUCCUGGUUGAUAGGUUGAUAGGGUCACUCAGGGCUCCCCCUGUUCCUGCAGUGAGGGUCCUGUGGUAGAGUGGGGGUCCCCAGAGUUGCCAUUUGUGGGUCUGAAGGGACGUGGGCAGUGAUUGGUGGAUUGUGUGCAGGGUCUUGGCAUUGGUGGAUGGAUCAAGGUGUUUGGUAGCGUAGAAGGGGCCCACUGGGUAGAAGGCUUGGCUAAGAAAAAUGGGUUCCAACGAUAUUGAAAUUCAGAAUGAAAGACACCAUGUUGUACCGAUGCAUAAGCCGAUAGCAGCCAAUCAGAAAGUGGUUUGUAUUAUUCUAUCUGCACUAAACCAAUCAAAGCUGCUCACUGAUUAGUCAGAAGAACAGACAAGUCAGACAUUGGCCCCCUGGAUUCAAACUUUAUCCAACUUUGAUUGAGACCAGGUAUCCGUCACGCAGACGCCAUAAAACCCAAAGAAAAUUCACCGAAUUAAUUAUUCCCUGUCUGCCGCAGCAAUUGUCUUGACAAACGGCGAGAUAUAAAGCGUAACUCUGACCGUGCUCUGUGCAUUCCCAAUGAGAGAUCUCUCUUAUGUUCUUUGUAUCACGGCGCAGAAACUUUUAUAAUGUAUAUAUUCCGUAUGCAGAAAGGCUGACGCAAGUCGUAAAUCCUCAGCCGCCGCCACGGAAUAUCCAAAAUUCCCUGUAAUUGCCUCCCAUUUGUCCAGUGAUUCACAGAUAUGACUCACUCACUGUUAAAUACAUGAUCUUUAUAUUUUACUGGGAAAAAAAUCAUUCAUUUAAUGACAUACAGACUCUUUCAGAUAUUAAAGGGAAAGUUAACCCAAUACAUUUUA